AUGCUGAGUCCGAAGAUCCAGCGUGCUAUCAGGAUAAAUGAGGGGCAGCUGAUAGCUCUCUCAGACAGGGCCCAGUAUGACCACGCCCAGGCUGGUUACCUGAUGAAGAAAAGUUCUGAUGGCAAUAGAUGGCAACAGCGAUGGUGUAUAUUGUACCAGAACUUGCUGUUUUACUACGAGUCGGAUUCAAAUGUGAGACCCAUAGGCGUGGUGCUACUGGAGGGGUCCUACUGUGAGAGAGUCGUAGGAAUGCCUACUGACAAGGAGCCUACGUUCGGUUUCGUGAUCAUUUACCGUCGGGAGAACCAGCGUCAGUACGAGUUCCGUGCCACCUCCGACGCGGAUUGUUCACUAUGGAUCGACGCUAUACAGGAGGCGAGUUUCAACAAGAUGCUGAUGCAGAAGGAGGCGCUAGAACACCAGAAUCGUCAUCUCAUCCAACUGAUGGAGUGUGAACGGACAAGCCGCUGGGAGUAUAAGGUCGAAAGAGAUAACCUGAGCCAGGAGGUCAAAAAACUGAAGUCAGAGCUUAUAACCUACAGAAAAGAAGCUGGAAAACCUGUAGAGGAUCUGGAGAACUCUGAUAAACUAGAGCCAGCGGAGUUACGACAAAUUAAGAAAGUGCAGAGUUUCUUCCGUGGCUGGCUCUGCAGACGACGCUGGAAACAAAUUGUAGAUAUGUAUAUAAAGAGUCCGUUUGCUGAAAGUAUGCGAAAAAGAAACAGUCUUGUAUUCAAAAUGGUUGAAGCGGAGGAGGAAUAUCUUGAGCAAUUAGAAAUUUUGGUAUCCUGCUUUUAUCGUCCAUUCAAAAUGGCUGCCAGUUCAAAAAAGCCUCCAUGCACCCACGAAGAUGUGAAUUCCAUUUUCCUGAACGUGGAAACGGUGUUGUUCUUACACCAAAUAUUCUAUAAAGGUCUUACAGCAAGAAUGGACUCAUGGCCAACUCUUGUAUUAAGUGAUCUCUUCGAUAUGUUGGUGCCAAUGUUAACGAUAUACCAGGAGUACGUACGAAACCAUCACUAUGCGCUCCAGGUGCUUACGGAGUGCAAACAGAAACCUGCAUUUACUCAGCUGGUAGCGAGACUUGAAUCGAAGCCGGCCUGUCAAGAUCGGACUCUGGAGACCUUUUUAACAUAUCCCAUGCACCAGAUACCCCGUUACAUAAUAACGCUACACGAGCUAUUGGCGCACACCCCUGCGGACCAUGUGGAACGUCGUAGUCUGCAACAUGCGAGGCAACAACUUGAAGACCUUUCUAGACAAAUGCACGACGAGGUCAGUGAAACGGAGAGUAUAAGGAAAAAUUUGGCGUUGGAGCGCAUGAUUAUAGAAGGGUGUGAUAUAUUACUGGAUGUCAACCAAGUGUUCAUACGGCAAGGAAUGCUGUCCCAAGUAGUAGCGAAAGGUCGCAAAGCAACUCUACAAGGUCGCUUGGCAUUUCUGUUCAGUAACUACUUACUGCUUACCACACGAGCUAGCGGUGGAAGGUUGCAUCUGAAAGCUGAAGAUAGACUGCCACUUCAUGACGCUUUGCUUAUAGAAGACCCAACCUGCCAUGAAGACGAUGACUUGUCAUAUAUACGUACAUGAUCACAUAAAAAUUUCAAUUACUCAGGUCCAGACAUCUAUAUGGGAAGAGACUUCAAAAUAUUAGUAGAGGUCAAGGGACAGCAGAUAUGCGCCCAUCUAGUGGCGUCAACGACAGAGAUAAAAGCUGCUUGGACGAGUGAACUAGCCAACUGCAUGGAGAGUGCUGCACUCACGGAGAUGAUGCGGGCCUGCGCCAACAGUAACUCAUCUGCCAGUCUCCCAGCAUGCAGAACUGAUCGAGCACUGUUCACUGAUGACGUGGACAUCAGAUUUAGCAGAACUCUCAAUUCGUGCAAGGUUCCACAGAUAAGAUCCGCUACGCCACAGAGGCUGUUACAGAGACUUACUGAUCUUCGAUUCCUAUCAGUGGACUUUCUGAAUACGUUCUUACUGACGUAUCGGGUGUUCACCGACGGAGUCACAGUAUUGGAAGCUCUCAAACAAGUGUUUUACGAGCAGUCAGUCCUGGAGGUGGACCCGCCACCGCCAGUGGACUCCAACAGGAAGACCAGCGCCGCUAGUUCUGUAUCUGGUUAUGGAUCUGAAUACAGCGAUCGAGAUUGGCAGACGCGAUUUUGGAAGCCCGUGAAAAAACAAGAAGAAGAAGACAAACUAACUCCAAACAUUGCACCAUCUCGGAGACCGUCUGCUAUUUCUCUGGGCAAGGCUGACGAGGAUACUAAUCACUUAACUAUACCAAAAAUAAUGGCCACGUCAUCCAGCAACGACACGUUGAAAGGUGAGGCGCCCUCAUCACCCGGUGCUGUUAGUUCUGUAACUCUGGUUGGAUCUAAAGAUGAUAAUAAAGUUGAAAAAGAGAAAAAAGAACCAGAGAGCAGUACAAGUAAAGUAGACGACAAGCCUGCGGUUAAAACCAGUAAUGGCAGUAAAAUUUUUGUGAAGGAAGAAAGUAUUGAAAUGGUGGAUCAGACAGCGGAGAAUAAUAAUAAUAUGAGAUUUAAAGAGGAACCUUCUGAGAAGAGCAAAUUUAAACUGGACGAGCAAACUGGCAAGUUCAAAAUUUCACAAAAGUUUUCAGAGUACUCGACACAGUGCGAGCAACGUGCUCGUACCCUGUCAGAGAGCCCGCGGCGUGGCCAGCUGUCGGCGCGUGCGCUGGGUGCGGGGGGCGUUGGCAGCUCGCUGGCUGCAGCGGAAGCGCGGCGGCGGUCUGAGAGCGUGCGCGGCGCGGCUGGGCCAGCCGACGACGCGCGCCGCGCCUCCGAUACCGCCUAUCGCUACGGGCCCCGCAGAUCCGUCAGUGAAAGGCGUUAUACCAGUUCGUCCAUCACCAGUGACCGUCGUCGUUUUUGGGGCGGUUCCGAGCCACGCUCCUCAGUGGCAUCACAAAUUUCUCAAGGCCCGAAUUUUCGACGGGAUUUCACUCAACCAAAGGUGGGAGUGGUCAUCACAUCCUUCCGGCAGUCUCACAGAAGGAGCAGUACAUCGACAGCCGCCAUAGCCUUUGCUGUGGCUACCUCAGGAGCAUCGAAUCCAAAGACACCGCCAACAUCUCCGCCUCCCCCUCGUCGUGAUUCUGUCAUAUCCACAGCUGCUACUAUGAGGGUCCUUAACGUCUUAAGGCACUGGAUCUUAAAACACUCGCACGACUUCUGGGUCGACGAGGAUCUGCGCAUGAUGACGAUGGAAUUCAUAAGGGAGAUACAGAAUAGUCCAGCGUUAAUGCCGGCGGAGCACAAGACCGCAACGCAACUGCUACGUCAUUUGGAAGGAGUCCCAGAAACUAAAGUCGAUCUGCAAGAACUACUCGCACCGCCUUCUGAGCCGUCCACUCUCAAUUCCUCAAUGUUUCGUGCACUUGAUUUGGCUGAGACUCUAACGCAUUUGGACUUCCAGAUAUUUAGGAACAUAAACAGCGAAGAGUUGCUGGGCCAGGCGUGGAUGAAACCAGACAAGGCAGAGCGCGCGCCUCACAUUCUACUCAUGACUUCACACUUCAACUAUAUAUGCAAUUUCAUCAUAUCGGAGAUACUGCAAAAGGAAACACCAGAAGAUCGAGUGGACGCAAUAGAGAAAUGGGCGGCUGCAGGGGACAUAAUCCGAUGCAUGCACAACUAUAACGGUGUACUGCAGAUAUAUGCAGCACUCUCCAACACCUCCAUAUACAGGCUUAAGAAGACGUGGGAGAAGGUAUCCUCACAUUCGAAAUCAGUGGUGGAGAAGUUACAAGCGGUUGCCACCUCAGAGGGACGCUUCAGGGUGAUGAGAGAUGAAUUACACAGAUCGGACCCACCUUGUAUGCCGUACUUGGGCAUGUAUCUCUCGGAUCUUUCGUUCAUCGAGGAAGGCACCCCCAACUAUACAACCGACGGACUUCUCAACUUCUCCAAGAUGAGAAUGAUUGCACACGUGAUCCGUGAAAUUAGAAAUUACCAGCAAACUUCAUAUAGGAUAAACUUCAAAAGAUAUAUAGCAGACUUCGUGCUAGACCGGUCGAUAGUACUCGACGAGGAGCAACAGUACGAGUUAUCGCUGCGAAUCGAACCGCGAUGUCCCCGCGGGUCUAUCGCGGGGCCCGGUGGGUCUACGGUUGCGGAGGUGGCAGGCGGGCUUCAGGGCGACGGGGGCGGGGAGGGCGCGGCUAGUGUGGCGAGCGUGGGGAGCGUGGCGGGUGUGGGGAGCGUGGCGGGCGGGGCGAGCUCUCCAGCAGCCUCCUAG